UGAAUCUUGCAUCAAAUGGACCACGGCCACCAGUCCACUCACAGACUACCGAAUCCGCCCAACAUAUAAAAAAAAUCAUGAGACGCCAUUCAGAUUCGGCAUAAUUUUUAACAUCUUGGAUCUUCUCCAUCCUAAAGGAUCGGGAAAAAGGAUGGACCCUUCUUUGCCUAGUGAUACUACUAGCCUAGAUUAUUGGAUGAACUGGAAGUUCUUGCUUUGUUUAAUAUGGGUUUUGGCUCCCACAAUUAUGGCAUUGUUCCUGAUCUGGAAGUAUGAAGGUCCAACCAAUUCAAAAACUUACAAAGAGGCAAAUCGGCUAGAAAAGGCUUGGUCUUUGUAUGAUUGUGAAGCAUGGAUGCCCUGUGUGAAGGAGAUACACCCUGCUUGGUUACUAGCUUUCAGAAUUAUUGCAUUUUGUUUGCUUUUAACCGCUUGCACCGCUGAUGUUGCCAUAGUUGGGACCGACUUAUUUUACUAUUAUACUCAGUGGACCUUCAUGCUGGUUAUCUUCUAUUUUGCGUUUGGAUCGGUGCUCUCAGCCUACGGAUUAUUUCAGCAUCACAAGAUGUUUACUGUUUCUAGCUUAGAUUUAGAUGCACAGCAAGCAGUUUAUGUGCCUCUCAACAAUGAAGAUUUGGAGAAUUCAUCGAGUCAGCAGGGUGGGACUUGUUUCUUGCGAAGUUCUGCCUUUUGGGGCUAUGUAUUUCAAGUUCUUUUUCAGAUGACGGCUGGGGCAGUGAUGCUAACAGAUUCUGUUUAUUGGAUUGUGAUCGUCCCAUUUCUUACCCUCAUAGAUUAUCCAAAGAGUUUUUUGACGGUUCUCGCACAUUCACUUAAUCUCGUUCUACUCCUUGGGGACACAGCCUUAAAUAGCUUGCGUUUCCCGUGGUUCAGAAUCUCGUACUUUAUCUUACUUACCGCCUUUUAUGUGAUCUUCGAGUGGGUUGUUCAUGUCUGUGUCUCAACUUGGUGGCCAUAUCCGUUCCUAGACUUAUCCACGGAAUAUGCUCCGUUAUGGUACUUGGUCGUCGCGCUAUUGCAUCUUCCAUGCUACAGUAUCUUUGCACUUGUUGUCGCGAUCAAGUAUUGCUUAUUGACAAGAUGGUUUCCCGAAUCAUAUCGAUUUUUGAGAUAAACGUAUUUAUUUCGUGGAUAUUGCAUUUGUUUAACAAGAACCCGAUUGGUUACAAAAUAUGCUCAUGCCCAACCAACACAUAACGGCAAGGUUUUAUUUGGAUGGCCUUACCGUCGUUUUCGUGGUGUUCAUGAGACUUCAUUUGGUUCCGAUAUAAUCUCGAUUAAAAGAAAAGGUGAUUUAGCAUACGUAGUGAAAUUACUUGUUCGGAAAUUCGUUCAUUUUGAUUGUGUUGGUGUAAAUGUACGAGAUUUUAUUUAUUAUAUUUGACAAUUUUCUGUUAUGUUUUGAUGGUCGACAACGAAAAUAUGAUGUAUUAUAUGUGCU